AUGCGGCUUUGAUAAAAAUAAUUUCGUCACUCAAGCGCAGACACCAACAACGGAACCUUAUCUCUCUCUCAGUUGCCCUCUCCCAACGAUUUUGUGUCUCUUCAAACCCAAUCCAAACGCCAACCAACCAAUUUAAAUCUAAAACCCUAAUCCCCUUUUCUAGUAAACCUUCCACCAUGGACUCCAAAACUUCUGCUCCUGAAACCAUCUCGCAUCUAUCAGGUUUUUCUUCUGCUUCUCUUUCUUAUGAUAAUCAGAAUACUCAUAACUCUAUGAACAACAAUGAUUCUUGGCCUGUUCAUAAUGGUAAGACUACUGGUAUAAACGAUAGCAAUGGUGCUAAUAGUGAUGUUGGUUCUGAGGAUGAGGGGUUUGUGAGCGGAGAGGAGGAGUUUGAAACGCCGUCAGAGAAGCCGGUUAUGGCUAGACCAGUUGAUGAAACCGUUAAAAAAACGAUUGAAGUGGAUGAUACUGAUGCUCCGUCUGUAGAUUCUUCGGAAUUUCCGAUGCCCAACAGUGUUGCCUCGAUUGAAAAGAAUUCCGUGAAUGAUGCUGAUGGUGAUAAUGUUUUAGGAGGUUCGGAAGUCAGAAUUGUCAGAGGGAACGAGUCAUUUGGUGAUGGUGAGGGGGGUUUGAAGGGAAUUUUGGGUGGGGUUUCUGUGAAAGAGAUUGAAUUUGGGAGUGUGGCUUCUGGUGAAAAUGAGGGCUUGGUGGAAACAGGUGCGAGUGCGAAGGAUAAUCCUAGUGAAUUUGUGCCUGAGAAGCUUGAGGACGUUGAGGAGCUGAAAAGUGAACGAUUUGUGGAAACAAGGGAACCUAGUGAGGUGGUUGAGAUUAAAGCAGAGGGUGUGAAAUUCACAGACAGUGGGGACCUAGUUGUCAAUGAUAUCAAUCUUGAUACUUUAGAGUCUGAAGCAGCUGUUGUUAUUGUUGGGAAUGUGGAGGAAGUUAAGGAUAUUGAAAUUAAAGGGUUGGAGUUCCCAGUUAACAGAAAUGUGGGCUUGGAAAAUGGAUUUGGUCCGAUUGUCUGUACUGUUGAAGAACCAGUGGAGUUGAAGCCAGUGGAAGAGGUGGUAAGCAGUAAUAAUGUUGAAGCCACAGAAGUGCAGCCUAGUGGACAGAAAAUUGGUUCUGCUGUUGUGGCAAUUGAGGACAAUUCUGAUACUGUCAAUGUUGAGGAUAAAGAAGUAACAAAAAUCGAACCAAGAACUGAUUCAGAAGCCAAACAGAUUGAGAUUGAAGCAGAGAGACUUACUGAUUUGUUGGAACAUGAGGCUGAACAUUCUGAAAAGGAUCAGAUGUUUUUGAGUGCUCAUAGUGAAAACUUGGAAAAUGGGAUAUUGGGGAAAUCAGGAUCACCUGAAUCCGCAGAAAAGAGUACAAUUUCAAAUGUGCAAGUUUCUUUGGAAGCUGAUGAUGAUGAAAACCAUCAUUCUGAUGAAGUGUAUGAGAUUGAAGGAUCGGUUUCUGAUGGGGAGAAUGAUGGAAUGAUAUUUGGAAGCUCAGAAGCAGCCAAACAAUUCAUGGAAGAGUUGGAACAAGCAUCAGGUGUUGGUUCUCAUUCAGGUGCAGAGAACUCUCAUGAUAAUUCACAGAGAAUAGGCGGUCAAAUUGUCACUGAUUCAGAUGAAGCAGAUACUGAUGAGGAAGGGGAGGGAAAGGAGUUAUUUGAUUCUGCUGCAUUGGCAGCUCUAUUAAAAGCAGCAACAGCUGCUGAUGCAGAUGGUGGUGGCAUAACGAUAACCUCUCAAGACGGAUCAAAGCUUUUCUCUGUUGAGCGUCCUGCUGGUUUGGGGACCUCCCUCCGAACUUUGAGACCUGCUCCACGACUGAACCGUGCUAACCUUUUUACGCCUUCCGGUCUCACAACUGGGGGAGAGACCGAGCUCAAGAAUUUGAGUGAGGAAGAGAAAAAGAAGUUGGAGAAGUUACAACAAUUGAGGGUGAAAUUUUUGAGGCUUGUUCACAGGCUAGGUCAAUCUCCAGAAGACUCUAUCGCAGCACAAGUACUCUAUCGAUUGUCACUUGUUGCUGGGAGGCAAACUGGCCAAUUAUUUAACCUUGAUGCUGCGAAGAGAACUGCCUUGCAGCUUGAAGCAGAGGGGAAAGAUGAUUUAGACUUCUCCUUGAACAUACUAGUUCUUGGGAAAACUGGUGUGGGCAAGAGUGCUACAAUAAAUUCUAUUUUUGGUGAGGAGAAGACUUUGAUUGAUGCUUUUGGGCCUGGUACAACUUCUGUGAAAGAGAUUGUUGGAAUGGUAGAUGGAGUUAAGAUCAGAGUCAUUGAUACUCCAGGCUUGAAAUCUUCUGGUAUGGAACAAGGUGCCAAUAGAAAGGCCUUAUCUUCUAUAAAGAAAUUUACAAAGAAGUGUCCCCCAGAUAUUAUCCUCUAUGUGGAUCGGUUGGACAGCCAGACCAGGGAUCUCAAUGAUCUGCCGUUGUUAAGGUCAAUCAGUAAUACGCUUGGUCCCUCAAUUUGGCGAAGUGUUAUAGUAACUUUGACUCAUGCUGCUUCUGCACCUCCGGAUGGGCCAUCAGGAUCCCCUUUAAGUUAUGAAGUUUUUGUUGCCCAACGUUCCCAUGUUGUUCAGCAAUCCAUUGGGCAGGCUGUUGGUGAUUUGCGUCUGAUGAAUCCAAGUUUGAUGAAUCCAGUUUCUCUUGUUGAGAAUCAUCCUGCCUGUAGAAAGAAUAGAGAUGGACAAAGGGUGCUUCCUAAUGGUCAAACUUGGAGACCUCAGUUACUGUUGUUAUGCUAUUCAAUGAAGAUCUUAUCAGAAGCUAGUUCUCUAUCAAAACCUCAAGAUACUUAUGACCAUCAGAAACUCUUUGGCUUUCGUGUCCGUUCACCUCCUCUUCCUUACUUGUUGUCUUGGCUGUUGCAGUCUCGUACACACCCAAAACUCCCCACUGAACAGGGUGGUGACAAUGAAGAUUCUGACAUUGACUUGGCUGACUUGUCUGAUUCUGAUCAAGAAGAAGAUGAGGAUGAGUACGAUCAGCUCCCACCAUUCAAACCUCUCAGGAAGGCUCAGAUUGCUAAGCUUAGCAAGGAGCAAAGGAAGGCAUACUUUGAGGAGUAUGAUUAUCGGGUGAAACUCUUACAGAAAAAGCAAUGGAGAGAGGAAUUGAGAAGAAAUAGAGAGAUGAAGAAAAAAGGAAAAGUUGCUGCUGAUGAUUAUGGGUAUAUUGGAGAAGAUCCCGAUCAGGAAAAUGGAAGUCCAGCUGCUGUGCCAGUCCCAUUGCCUGAUAUGGUCUUGCCACCUUCCUUUGACAGUGAUAAUCCAGCUUACAGGUACAGGCUCUUGGAACCAACGUCACAGUUCUUGGCAAGGCCAGUUCUGGAUACCCAUGGUUGGGACCAUGAUUGUGGGUAUGAUGGCGUUAACAUAGAACAAAGUUUGGCUAUUGCAAGUCGGUUUCCAGCAGCAGUUACUGUUCAAGUCACCAAGGAUAAGAAAGAGUUCAACAUUCAUUUGGAUUCUUCAGUUGCUGCUAAGCAUGGGGAGGAUGGAUCAAGUAUGAUGGGCUUUGACAUCCAGAAUGUUGGGAAGCAACUUGCUUAUAUCAUCAGAGGGGAGACCAAAUUCAAGAAUUUCAGAAAGAAUAAGACAGCUGCUGGAAUAUCUGUAACAUUUUUAGGUGAAAGUGUUGCCACUGGAAUUAAACUUGAGGAUCAGAUUGCAAUCGGAAAACGCUUAAUGUUGGUGGGUAGUACUGGGACUGUCCGAUCUCAGGGCAAUUCUGCAUAUGGAGCCAAUUUGGAAGUUAGGCUCAGGGAAGCUGAUUUUCCCGUAGGCCAGGAUCAAUCAACUCUGGGUUUGUCAUUAGUGAAGUGGAGAGGUGACCUGGCCUUGGGGGCUAACUUUCAAUCUCAAUUUUCGGUUGGGCGAGGUUCAAAGAUAGCUGUCCGUGCAGGAUUGAACAACAAACUCAGCGGUCAAAUUACUGUUCGUACUAGCACAUCGGAUCAACUUCAGAUCGCACUUCUGGGUAUUGUUCCAGUUGUGAUGACAAUUUAUAAAAGCCUCCGACCUGGGGUUAGUGAGAAUCACUCUAUAUACUAGAACCUUUGCUAAGUUUUUUUGCUGUGCUUAGGAGUUGAAUUUUCUGAAUAAUGCUUGUUAUUUGGUGUAGAACUUUAUCGCUAUUACUAAGUUCGUAUUAUUUUGCACACGGGAUUGUAUUGAAUAUACGUUGGAAGUGAGAGGAAAUUUGAAUGAAUGCAUUUUUCUUUUCCUUCUUGUUCAAA